UUUAUAGACAUCUGCCUGAAUGCAGACACAGAGGCGAGGCCUUGCAGAACCCACACUCAGACUCAGCUCUGCUUGACCGUCUUCAUCUGCAACGAUGGCUAUGACAGUGGGUUGGUUGAAGCAGCUGGAGGAUGGCAUCUUCAACUCCAACUCAAUGGUGAUAAGCAAACUGCAGCGGGUCCUGAUAUGUCCUAGUUUGCUUAUUCAGGUGGACCAACAGGAGUCUCUCCAGGACCUUCACGAGGGUAUGAUCAUAAAGAACUUGUCCUUCAAGGUUGGACAAACCUUAACUGUAGUUGGAGUGGCUAAACCAGAUGCUACAAAUUUUGACUUGAACAUCGGCCCUAAUGAGGAAGACAUCACCCUGCAUAUCAACCCCCGGUUUAACGCCCAUGGAGAUGAGAAUGUGAUUGUCUGCAACUCGUUUGAAGGAGGAAACUGGUGUGAGGAGGUUCGUCAGGGAGGCUUUCCUUUCCAACAGGGAGAGGAAUUCAAGAUUGUGAUUGAAUUCACCCCCGCUGAGUUUGUUGUGACUUUAUCGGAUGGCUCUACGAUCAAUUUUCCCAACCGCAUGGGUGCAGAGAAAUACUCCGUCAUUAAGUUCAACGGUGAGGCUCGUGUCACAAGCUUCGAGGUCAAGUAAACCUCCAUCUUCCAGUGUCUGUGGUUGAGCUUCAAGCUACCGUAAUGACAAAGGCUUCGGUUGUCACAAAAUAAAGAGCUUGCUUUUAGUGACCAGAGUUUUUGUAACUGAGCCCAGAUGCAACUAUUGAGAAUAAACUUUAGCAAAUAAUCUACGGCACUUUCUGGGUGACUCAUCAGCAGCGCUAAAAGCAAAGCCAUUAGCUAAAGAUGAGUGUUUUUGCAGUUUUUGGAGUUUCAAAUGGCCCACCUGGAUUCUGUUUUCUUUGACAUUCCGUUAAAAUGAGAUGUACCUGUAACACCUUUAGAAUCUAUUUUAUGUGAAAUGCUUUAAAAAUGCCAAUAAAAUCACAGUUAAUGAAUAGCAAA